AGUUGUGUGCAGCACAUUGUGUGAACACGUACCUGCGUUAAAAUGAAUAAUAAUAAAAGAAAAAGAUUGAACUUAGAAGAAAAAUUAAAUAUUAUUAAAACCAAGGAAACAGAAAAUCUAAGUGUUCGUGUUUUAGCCGAACGAUUUUGCAUAAGCAAGUCACAGGUGAAUAACAUUUUACAAGAUGGGUGUAAUUUGAAAAAAUAUUACGCUGAGAACGGCAAUGAAGAUAUGAGGAGAAAAUUUUCGAAGACAUCGGAUGGAGCACUUGUAGAUAAAGUUACAUUUGAAUGGUUCUGUAGAGCCCGUUCAUAUAAUUUACCUGUUUCUGGACCAUUGCUCCAAGAGAAAGCACGAGAAGUUGCAAAUGAGAUGCAAUUUUUUGGAUAAAAUCCGCAUUAAAAAAUAUAAAACCAGAGACAGUCAAAAAUUGUUUUAAAAAGUCGGGAUUUUUUUCGAUCGAUACAGCAG